GGGGUCAUCUUCUGGCUUGUUGCUAACGGGAAGCCUUUUAACUGUUAAAGACAAAAGACCUAAAAUGAUUCUCAAAAGAACCUGAAAAUUGAACAUUAUCUCGUCGUUAACCUUCGUGAUAAUGGAUUGAUGGCUUUCUCUGUUCUUUGAUGAUGUAUAUUUUGUGGGAUUGGAAUCGUAUUCGCUCCGCACGACAUACAAUCAUGAGUUUGUUUACACUCACUAUCUUCAAAGCAGCCAUCAACUAAAAUGAUUACUCUAAGUCGUAAAGUCAGUAACAUAGAAUUUGACCAGCAAGUUGACUAUAUGUGCAAAUGGCUCGAAGCUUGGGAUGAGAUUGAGCGUAGUAAUAUUGUGGAGGUUUUACUGUCGCGGUGUGAGCUGGAACAGAUCAGCUUUCUAUGGACGGUUGUUGAGCCACUGCUUCACAGGGAUUUCAUGUACAGUUCCUUAAAUGCAUUUCCGCGCAGUUCCUUCAGUCCUGUGUCCACUCCAGUUUGUAGAGAAGUGCACAAGAAGCUUGGAAAGCCAAGAUAUAGAGCAUGGAAGCUUCAUCGCCUGGAGAGUGCUGUGUUGCAUGACGAGGGUGAAGUGCACGAGUGGUCGUCACACACUGUCCUUCCGAUUGUCAAGAGUCCAUCCCCGACACGACUCAUAGAAAACACUCCAUCUCAAACAAACGACAAGUCCCUGCAAUUCAAGGGUUCUUGGAAAUGCAAAUCUUCGUACUUUGGCGUCCGUUUGCCCGGAAUCUCCCCACUUAGCAGAAGCCCAAAGCACUACACUAGGACCCCCUGCCCUAGGAGUGCUCCCCCCGUAUUCAGCAAGACGUCUACAAGUUACGUCAUUAGACGUCACAUGCAAAAUGAGUACAAGAAGGCCUUAGAGGAUGGUGACGUCACCACUGAUGAUGCCCGAACAUGGAAAAGAAUUUACAAAUCCAAGUCUUGUCCAAGUAUGUCCACUCAAGUGGGAAGACCCUACAGUAAAAACCGAAAACAGUUCCCCUUUUCCCGAUCUAGACAAGCUCCGCCUUUAGCCUGGCUUCCGGAAAAUGCGCAAUGCGUAGUGCAGUGGUUUGAAGAGAAGUGGGACGGUUCUCAGCGAAAUCAUUUCCUUCAGCUAUUUCUUCGGAUUCUAGAACCUGCCGAGCUCUAUUUGUUAUCUGGUCUCCUUGCUGUUCGUCAAUUUCGUGACUUCAUCUCACUGUUACCAGAUGAGCUAUCUCUAAAAGUGCUCUCGUAUCUCCGCCCAAAUGAGUUACUUGUUGCAGCCCAGGUUUGCAAAUUCUGGCAGGGCAUGGCAUCUCGCGACGAGUUAUGGCAAGCGAAAUGUCGCCUGCAGUACGUAGGUGUGCCUCUGUCUGUACCUGACAUCUGGAAAGACAUUUUCAGGCGCAACAUCAAUUUGAAGCGCAACUGGGCCGAGGGGCGGUGCAAGGUGAUGGAGAUUUCUGGGCACACUAAAAGUGUGUUUUCUGUGUGUGAAUGCAUGAACAAGAUCGCUAGUGGAAGCCUGGAUAGAACGGUCAAAGUUUGGGAUGCUACGACUGGAAACUUGUUACAGAGCUUGCAUGGUCACACGAGAGGCAUCUGGUGUCUUCGUUUCCUCUCCUCUUCCAUUCUCAUCAGCGGGUCAUACGACAAGAGCAUCCGGGUGUGGAACCUGAGAACAGGCAUCUGCGCAAGGAUAUUACUGAGCCACGAGGCCCCCAUUUGGGCGAUAGAGAGAAAGAAAGACAUUCUAAUAAGUGGCUCCGGUGACAAAACGGCUAAACUGUGGAACAUUCGUCAGUGCAAGCUACUCUGCACCUUAUUUGGGCAUACGGGCUCAGUAUUCUGCGUCGAUCUUGAUGACGCAGCCAAACGAGCGUUCACAGGAUCCGCGGACAGGACUGUACGCAUCUGGGACGUAGCAUCUGGCGCAUGCGUUGGUAUUGUGUACGCUGGUCUGUCAAACGCGUCCGCUAUCACCUCAGUCAGCUACGAUCAGGACUACAUCGCAGUGGCUGCCGGGAAUUUAGUAUCUCUUUGGAAUCUUGCAAAUGGAACUUGCUCGCACGAGUUUAAAGGUCACAAAGCAAGGAUCGAGUCCGUGCGACUGCGUUUUAUGAUGGUCAAUGGUAGAAAGGAAAGUGGUGUAAUCGUGAGUGCAGGAAAAGACAGCAUGAUCAAAUACUGGGACAUCGAAAGGGGGACAUGUAUACAGACGUUACGGAGCCAUAAAGAUGCCGUCAACUGUAUCCACUUUGAUGACACGAGAAUCAUAAGCGCAUCGUACGACAACCGCAUCAGGAUAUGGGACUUUAACACGUGACCACUCGCAGUUGAUUGGCUGUCGUAUCUUGAUCACGAGGCAUGUAAACACGUAACUGAUAUGUCGUCGCGCUGUGGUUAGGUGGAAUUUAACCAUUCGAGUGUUGAUGGCCGUUCGCUCUCCUGUGUUUUUAGAUGCAUGCAUGUGCGUGGUGCGACGAAAUGUUAGGAAAAAACUGUGACGACUUUCGGCGUUGUAACUAGUAGCAGUUUUUUCCUCUUUGCUUUUAAAGAUAAUGGAUAAUGGUUGAAAAUUAAUCAUACAGAGCAACAUUUUUACUCAAAUUCUAUAAUGCUCCCAUCUAGAAAAAUCCAUCCAGAACAUAUAGAAGUUAUAGAGGACAUAAUUAUUUCGAGGGAGACCAUUAGAAAUUUGAUGUGAAAAGGGGGGGGGGAUAAUAGAAAAAUAUAACGAGUCAAAAUGUAAGAAAAAAUUCGCAUGGGGAAAGGAAAAAAAAACAUGCAAGCUUAAAAUAUCCUGCACAAACUCAAUCACUAAAGAAAAAAUUCCGACACAACCAGACCCCUUCCCGUGACCCCCACUCCCACAAAAUCCCCCCCCCAGAGAGGUAAAAAUCGUACAUAUAUCACAUUAAUACCGUUACGUGAAGUAAUGAUGGAUAAGCCAAACAAAGUAAAAUAUAUAGAAGUAAAACUGUUGUUAAAAUCAACUAUGUGAUACAAUAAACAUUUGUUUGAUAAGUA